CAUAGGAAAGAAAAAAUUGAUUUUGGAUAAAUUUUAACCAAAAAACUUAUAGACUACAGCUUUAAUGUCAUAUUGUUACAUUAACCAGAAACAAAACUAAACAAGUAUAACACACACUACACUGAUUUGUUUUUUUGGGUGUCACUCCAAGAUUUAAACCAGUGCAUUUAUUCAAUCCGUAUACUUCUGAGGCGCCGUCAGUGGCGCGCGUGCACACCCCUUUUCUAUACGCGCCACUAAACCCUUUGAUCUCCCUCACAGGUCACUUCACGCGUCCAGUUAGCAGCAAUGAGCUAACUGACAGGCUUGUCUCGACGAUUUCUGGUUUAGCUCGAAAGAUGGAAUAUUCAUCUACACAAAGCUGUGUUUCAAUACGUGACUUGAGCCCGAAUAUCACACGUCCGAAUGUGGUCGGGAUUAUUAUUGGAAAGACUGAUGCAAGAGGAUUCCCUGACAGGAAAAAUGUUGGUUCAGAGCGGUUCACUUUCAGCUACACAAUUAAAGACUCUCCAGACCAUUUCAUUAACGUAUCUUCAUGGGGCACUGAAGAAUACAUUCAAGGGCUUUCCAGUCAUAUCAAAAUAGGAGAUUGUGUUGUCAUUGAAAAUCCUCUUGUUGUUACUAAAGAUCCAGAGAGAGAGGACAGAUUCUGCCCUUCAACCCCAAGUUUUUACAGGUUGUUGGUGACAGAAGCUCACUCAGUGAUUAGAAUGUGUACAGAUUUAGACACAGAGAGCAGGCUGCUUUCUCUGUUCCACAUACCAGUAAAGGACUCUGGGGAUUUCUACACACUGGGAGACAUUACUGCAAAUGGACAAAGCCUAGACGGGAACUUUAUUAAUAUUCUUGCGGCUGUGCGAUCUAUUGGAGAGCCAAAGUUCUUCACUACUUCAGAUGGGCGAAAAGGGCAGAAGCUAGAGAUUAAACUGUUUGAUGAAACUUUGUCAUCCUUUCCUUUUAUAUGCUGGGAUCGAGAAACAAUUCAGUUUGUGCAAACCCUGCCGCCAAGAGAGACAGUGCUCUUCAUUGUGGAUGCUCGCAUCAGCUUUGAUACUUUUCGUAACUGUAUGGUGGCAACAGCUAUCUCAAAAACAAUUAUUACUAUAAACCCUGAUACAUUAGAAGCCAAUCAGCUCUUCAGUUACGCCAAAGAAUUAUCAGAAAGUGAACAGCUAGAGGAGCCAGAGAUAGAAAUGAAUGUAAAUGUUCCAUUGGACUCCAUUAGUGAUGUACUGACAGUGAGUCAACUUAAAGCCAGAGUACAAAAAAACUCUGAAGCCUUUUAUGGUGUGAUAUAUGGGUUCAUCACCACUUUAGGAUUAGAUUCCUGCAUUACUAAAGUCAUUCGCAGUAGGUGUGACAGGUGCAAAUUUCGUGUACAUGAGGAAUAUGAGGUAUGCACUAAUACAGCAUGUCCAAGACAUGGACAAGCAGGUGAAGUUAGUGCAGCCUUUGAUCUUCUGGUGGAUGUCAGUGACCACACAGGAACUCUGCAGGGCUGCAACCUGUCAGGCACAGUCGCCGAGAAAACACUGGGAUGCACUUCUAAGGAAUUUGUGUGUCUCUCUGAGUCUAAUCGGACAGCCUUGAAGUGGAGGUUUCUACUGGAAAGAUGCAAAACAUAUAUAAAGGUGUUACCAUCAACAAGAAGCAAAACUGGCAUGAGGACAAGCAUCCUGUCUUGCACCCUUGCUGAUCCAGUGGAAGUAAAGCAAAACAUAUCUGUCUAGAACAGAUGAGUGCCAGUGGAUUCACCAGUUAUUAAUAAUACACACAGGAAUUCUGAUCAAAUAGUGUUACUGUUACAGUAUAAUAAUAAAGUCAGGCAAGCUUAAUAUUUGAUCUGAAACAAAUUGUUCUGAAUUUUUAUUUCUUGUUUGUAUUCUGUUUUCGUAUUUGUUAUACGUAUUUGUUGUUGUUUCUCAACUAGAUAGUUCUAAAAAAAAAAAAAAACCCUAAAGAUGUUUUUUUUUUCUCUAUGCCGGAACUAGUAAAUGCAUUCCGUGUUUCAGUGGGAAUGUGUUCGGAUGGGCAUCACUUGGUUUUUCCAUUCUUGUAAAUAAAGUAUAUUUAAUUGGC